UACUCUUCCUACAGACCUCCUCGGUCUCUCUCCUAGUAUCGGAGAAAGAUCCCAAACCCUAACAUCUCUCCAUGGACGACGGCGACGGCGGCCUGAGCUUCGACUUCGAGGGCGGCCUCGACUCCGCCCCGGCGGGCGGAGCCGGCGGUCCCGUGCCGUCCUCCACCGACCCUGGCGCGGGCGGCGGGGGAGGCGGCGACGGGCCGGGCAUGCACGGGCGCGGCCGUGGCCGCGGGAGCUACCGCCAGACCGUGUGCCGGCACUGGCUGCGCGGCCUCUGCAUGAAGGGCGACGCGUGCGGGUUCCUGCACCAGUUUGACAAGGCCCGCAUGCCCGUCUGCCGCUUCUUCCGCGACUUCGGCGAGUGCCGCGAGCCCGACUGCGCCUACAAGCACUCGUACGACGACGUCAAGGAGUGCAAUAUGUACAAGAUGGGGUUUUGUCCCAAUGGCCCUAGUUGCCGGUACAAGCAUGCCAAGCUACCUGGGCCACCGCCUCCUGUUGAGGAAGUUCUACAGAAGAUUUUGCAGAUGCGCUCUUUCAACAGAUACGGUCAGAAUAGAAACAAUAACUAUAAUCAGCAGGGUGAGAGACCUCAACAUCCACAGGGUUCUGGGUUGCCUAACCAAAACUCAGCAGAAAAUGCUACUGCUACGGCUCCACCAACUGGUGGACAACAAGCACAAAUUACGAAUCAACAGCCACCACAGCAGCAGCAGAAGCCAAAUACAAAUGACCAGGUCCAAGGUGCUUCAAAUGGCCAUCAAACUGCUAGAAUCGCAACACCCCUUCCGCAAGGGCCAUCUAGGUACUUUAUUGUUAAAAGUUGCAAUCGGGAGAAUCUGGAAAUAUCAGUUCAGCAGGGAAUUUGGGCUACCCAGAGGAGUAACGAGGCUAAACUUAAUGAAGCUUUUGAAUCCACUGAGAAUGUUAUUUUAAUAUUCUCAAUUAAUAGAACUCGCCAUUUCCAGGGGUGUGCAAAGAUGACUUCUAGGAUUGGUGGCUACAUUGGUGGUGGAAAUUGGAAAUCUGCUCAUGGAACAGCACAUUAUGGUCGAAACUUCUCUAUGCAGUGGCUUAAGCUUUGUGAACUGUCAUUUCAGAAAACUCACCAUCUCCGCAAUCCAUACAAUGAUAAUCUCCCUGUUAAGAUCAGCAGAGAUUGCCAGGAACUAGAACCUUUCAUUGGUGAACAGUUGGCUUCGCUGCUUUAUCUGGAGCCAGACAGCGAACUUACGGCUAUGCUGAUUGCAGCAGAGGCUAAGAGAGAAGAGGAAAAGGCAAAGGGAGUCAGUGCUGAUGAGGCAGCUGAUAAUCAAGAUAUCGUGCUGUUUGAUGAUAACGAAGAAGAGGAGGAAGAGGAAAGUGAGGAGGAAGAAGAAAGCAACGGCCAAGAGUCACAAGGGAGGGGAAGAGGGAGGGGGAUGAUGUGGCCCCCUCAAAUGCCAAUGAUGCGUGGGCCAAUGAUGGGAGGGCGUUUCCCUCCCAACAUGAUCGGCGACGGCUUUGGUUUCGGCGGUGGCUUCGGCAUGCCUGAUCCGUUCGGCAUGCCGCGCGGUUUCCCACCCUUUGGUGGCCCAAGGUUUCCCGGUGACUUUCCUAGAGGCCCUAUGCCCGGUAUGGCCUUCCCGGGCAGGCCUCCGCAGCCUUUCCCUCUGGGCCUUGACAUGAUGAUGGGCCCCGGCCGUGGCCCGAUGAUGGGAGGCAUGGGAAUGGGCGGGCCUGGACGGCCUAACCGUCCCAUGGGUAUGGCACCCUUCAUGCCCCCGCCACCUCCGAACAACCGCGCCGCGAAGCGGGAGCAGAGAAGGCCGGGCGGCGACAGGUUUGAGACGGUGUCGGACCAGGGCAGCAGGGGCCACGAGAACUCUGGAGCUGACGGAGCCAGAUCGCAGUCCGGCGACAGGUACAGUAGAAGCGCCCUCCGGGAUGAUGACAGCGAGAGCGAAGAGGAAGCGGCUCCCAGGCGGUCAAGGAAACGGUAGAGAAAUGCUACGCUGUGCGCCUGGGCCUCCAUGCUGUUGCCUGAUUAUAGAGCGGGCUACCUGUGCAACAGAGUUGAGGUCGUCUAAAAUAGAUAUUCUCUAUCUUUUGUUCCUGCUGGGAUUAGAACUAAAAUAGUGAAAGAUGCAGAUUGUGUGCAACUGCAUAGUGCUGUGUGGGCAGCCAUAGCCCAUACUGGUAGUUGAAUUUUGCUCUGGCGGCAAAGACCUAAGCUUUAUUUUGGCAGGUUGAGAUUGUUCUGGCGGUGUAUCAGAGUAUCAGUUAGAAAAUUGUACAAUAACGACGGCUUAAAUUAUCUGUCGUAUUUUUUUUUUAUUCUGUGCUGUUACCAUUGUAAUGUACACUACAACGACAUGAGGAUGAUCUAUACACAUACAGGAUAGGGUUCAAUCAUUA